UCUUUUAAUAAUAUAUAUAUAUAUUUCUUAACUCAUUUCCUCAAAAUUCACUUUCCAAUCAAAAUCAAAUUAUUUUAAGGUAAACAAAAAAGAAAUGGGAUUACAAAGCCAGUUAACCGACGUGUCGUCGGAUUCGAUCCCGCUUCUUCUCGUAGCACUAGUCGCCAACUGCCUCGGCUGCCUCCGAAACCUCCUCUUGGAUCUCCUCCAAUCCACCGGCCUCCUCCCUUGCCCCGACCGGACCCCCACAACCAUCGACGACGUUGGAGUCCUAGGUUCGGGCCUCGCCGGCCUCAUCGUACUCGCCGAGCAGCUCAACUUAAACAAGGUUUUCUCCUACAGGUACUGUGGCGGAGCAGGAGGAGGCGGCUCUGAUUGCGUGGUCUGCUUGUGCACGCUAAGAGAUGGGGAGCAGGUGAGGAAGCUCGAUUGCUGCCACGUGUUUCAUAAGGAUUGCUUUGAUGGUUGGCUUGAUCAUCUCAAUUUUAAUUGCCCGCUCUGUCGAUCGCCUCUCAAAACCGACCAGCGCGUCAAAACCACGCCGAGACGCGUCGGUGAGGAUUUGCUUGCUUGGUUUUCUCUUCGCUGAUUGGAUGGACGGCGAUGAUGAUGAUGAUGAUGCUGUCCAUGAUUUUGGUGAUUGGAUAUUUUAGAAAUUUUAGAAUUUGUUUUCUCCUUUCUGCGGGACGGGGGAUUUGGGAAUUCUCCUUUUGAACUUUCUAUUUUAGGAAUAGUUUAUAUUUUUGUUUUAAUUUUUUAAACUCUUUUUUUGGAAAGGAUUCUUUGAGGGAUCCUUUAUUUCCACUGCUGUAAAUGUUUUUAUAACUUUGUUUUCUUACUUUUGUUGUACUCAUACAAUAAGAAAAGAGUUAUCUUUGUGUAAAAGUUAUUCACAUUGAGCCUUGAGAA